UCUAGUUAAUAAUGAUACUUCUAGUCUAAUAUGAAAUUUACGACAGAUCAUUGAGUUUGAAUCUAAAAGUACAAAAAAAAUAAAAUAAAAUAAAAAAGCAACAAAUAAAAAAGUGAAAAAAAGAAUUUGCGCAAAGUUUGAGCAUUAGAUUAUAGAUCGGAGUAGUAUUUAGAAAUACAUUGUAUUGUAACUGAUACAGAAAUUCUCAAGCAUGAAUACUCAAAAUAUAGGCAACAGUACAUUUCUGGAUGAUAUAGGAUAUUACAACUGGAAUAAUGCUACAAAUAUAUCUAAUCAGGAUCACAAGAUACAAACAGGAAACCUCAGUGAAUCAGAGAGUAGAGGUGGGAACCUUAUUUCAACACCAACAUACCAGCUUGCUCUUGGACUUAUUAUGUGGACCUUACCUAUAAUCAUAAGUGUUGGAACAAUUGGAAACAUUUUUAGCUUUAUAGUAAUGCUACAGAGAGAAAUGCGACAAACAUCAACAUUUUUCUACCUCGCCGUCCUGGCUGUGGCUGAUACGAUAGUUCUGUUCAUGAGUGCAUUUAAAACAUGGAUACGUCUAUGUUCCGGCUUUGAAAUGUUACAUUUUUCUGAUGCAAGCUGUAAACUGUUUACAUUCCUCACAUAUUUUAGCCUUCACAUGUCGGCAUGGCUUAUUGUGGCUGUAACAGUUGAGAGAUUUAUCGUGGUCUGGUUCCCACUGAAAGCAACAUCUAUAUGCAGUGCAAAACGUGCUAAACUCACAACACUUGGUUUAGGACUUGGCUUUUUUCUACUGAAUUCUCACCUCUUCUGGACAGCUGAUCUUAUCACUGACCCAAAUAGUGGCAGGAAAACAUGUGCUAUGUUACAAAAUAACCAAUUUCUGUAUAAAGAAAUAAUACCAUGGGUACAUUUAACUCUCUACUCAUUUCUACCAUUUUUAUCGUUGUUAGUUUUUAACAUUUUAAUUAUAGUGAGCCUUAUCAAACACAGACAGAUUAUUUCUAGUCAGAUGACGAGAGCAGACAAACGUACGCGAUAUAAUCACAGGCGCUUGGCUAUCACACUGCUGUGUAUUUCGUUCGUUUGGAUAAUAACAACAACACCAAGUGCUUUGUACACUGUACUACCUCUAAAACAAGACAGUUUGAGGAAAGUGGCCAAUAACUUCUUAAUUAAAGUGAUCUGCUAUAUAUUCAUGUACAUCAAUCAUUCGAUAAACUUCUUUCUCUACUGCAUCACUGGGCAAGCCUUCAGACGAGAGUUUAUGAAAUUAAUAUGCCGAACAUGUCGAAAAAAGAGAAAACCCAAACCAAGACUGACAUUUCGAGCAAGCCGAAGCGGAAGUGGACAAGAAACUGUAUUCCCAUUGAUGGAAAAUAUGUACGGGAAUCGUGGAAAUGAGGGUUCCAGGGAAAUUCUGUCUAUCUUGAUAAAGGCAAAAGAUGAAAAUUCCUCAACUCAACUUAUGGGCCGGGUGCACCUUUUCCUUUGAUUUAUUAAAACUCUAUUAAGGAUUUCUGUGUUGUACAAGUCAAGAAUACUCUUCAACAAGACAAUCACCACUUACACCUGUGACAUCAUAAAUAAAGGCAACAAGAUAAUUACAACUACAACCUGUGUCAUCAUAAGACCAGUUAACAAG